AUGUGGGCCUCCGGGCCUGCUGCGGCGGCGCGGCCGUUUGAGGCCGGGCUCGGCCCGGCCCGCGACGGCUGGCCGCCGACGAGCGCGCUCGCGCUGCUCGUCAAAAUGGCGGCGGUGUCGACUGCGGCGACGGUCGUUCAGUCGCUCAGCGCUUUCCCGUCUGUCGUCUGUCGUCUGUCGUCUGUUCUGCUCGCUCGAACCGCGGCCGACUCUGCCACCGCGGCCGCAGCUGCUGAGCACUCCAGAAAACUGGUGCCUGAUAUGCUGCCUCCCUGCGGAUGCUGCCGGCGAGCCUGGCGGACCAUCGGGUCCUUCGGCCACCAAAGCGAGAUCACCCGAGAGCAGCUGAGUCUGCCUCUGGCCUCGCCUCCCUCUCCUUCAGGCAUUCGUGGCAUCCUAUGGGUCUCGCGGUCACUUGAUGACACCAUGAAGUACAGCGAUCGCCAACUCGCUGGCCUCUCCGCAAGGCCCCCCGACCGCGUCGAACUCAACGGCGCGGGCUCUCUCGGCUACGGGACCGGCCCCAGCUUCGGCUGA